GUCGGUGCUGUCGCCGUCGGGCUGUGUUUCUACCUCUCGUGCUCAGCCCCUCUACGCUACCCCCCCCCUCAAUUCAGCUCUGGCUGGAAGUUUUUUUCCCCAUUCAACUCUGUGGGAGCACCAGUCCCCUAUUACUGCUGUUGCUGUUGCACCUAAAUUGUGGUCCUGCUCAGGUACAUGCGCAUCUACCGUGCGACGAGCGUGCAAGCAUUUUGGAGGGGGCAGGAGCGGUGACCUUCAAACUGGUGUGGGAUAGGGCGACGCCCGAGCAAUGGGUGCAGUGACUGGGGGCUCCUCUCGAGCAUGCAGCAUGCACGGGUAACCAUGAUUUGGUAGAAAAAUUGCUGAAAGCUGGAGCAGACGGGAGUGCGGGCUAUCGGGGGUGUGAUGACAGAACUCUGCUACAUGCCGCUGCCGAGGGCGGCAACGCACAAAUCGUGUCGGCGUUGCGCAGUGCGGGUGCUGGGGGGGAGAUCAACACAACUUGUUCUGCGUCAAGGAGCACUCCACUCCAUGUUGCGAUAUCAGGUGGGCACGAGGCAGCCGCGGGGGGUGUUGAUGGUGGCCGGGGCCGACGUGAACAUCCUGGAUGCCAACGGGACAGCCCCGCUGCAUCUCGCCAUCUGGCGUGGUCAUGUUGGAGUAGCGAAGGACCUGUUGCUGAGCGGAGCGAAUCCCAACAACAAACACCCGGGGAGUUCCUUGCCUUUCCACGACGCUAUCGGCCGCGGUCUAGACGAGUGAUGCCAGCGAGGUUCCUUCCCUAUCCACGUCGCUAGCCGCCUCUUUUUACAUGAGGUGGUGAGGGCAUUGGUACGAAGGAGGGCGGAUGUAGACUCUCUUGAUGCCAUUGGUUAUACCCCGCUCUUCUGGGCCGUGCUGCAUGAUCGCGUUUCCACGAUGAAAGUACUCCUGGCUGAAGGUGCCAAUGUGAACGUUUGAUCACCAAAUUCAACGACCGUUCUGCAUUUGGCCUCGAAGAAGGCGGCCGUCAUCCCGGCGCUCAUAGAGGCCGGCGCCGACAUCGAAGCUCGGUUGUGCCAUGGACAAACGCCUCUCCAUGAAGC